AUGUGCAUAAAAGAACACACACAGGGGAGAAGCCGUAUUCCUGUCAUGAGUGCAGGAAAUGUUUCCAUUCCAAAUCACUUCUUAAUGUUCAUAAAAAAUCCCAUAUGCAGGAAAAGCCACAUUCCUGUCCUGAGUGCGGGAAGUGUUUCAGUUUUAAAUAUAAUCUUAAUGUGCACAAAAGAUCUCACACGGGAGAAAAACCGUACUCCUGUUUUGAGUGCGGGAAAUGUUUUUCAAACAAGUCCUUUUAUCACAGACAUCAGAGACUCACACAGGGGAAGAAGCCAUAUUCCUGUCCUGAGUGCGGGAAAUGUUUUUCAGGUAAGUCCCAUCUUCACACACAUCAGAGAUCUCACAGCGGGGAGAAGCCACUUUCCUGUUCUGAGUGUGGAAAAUGUUUUUCAAGUAAGUCCCAUCUUCACACACAUCAGAGAUCUCACACGGGGGAGAAGCCGUAUUCCUGUCCUGAGUGCGGGAAAUGUUUUUCACAGAACUCCCAUCUUUACAGACAUCAGAGAUCUCACAUGGAGGAGAAGCCACUUUCCUGUCCUGAGUGAGGGAAAUGUUCUUCACUGA